UACCAACUUCCUCCAGUUCAAGUUAUAUAAAAAGAAUCAAAAUAUAUUUGGUCGGAAGGUAUCUCGUAUCCGUUCCACGAGAAAAUGAGUAUAAUAUCAAUAGUCUCCAGCCAUAUACUGAUUAUCAAGUUGGAAUUGAAGCCGUAGACAAUUACAUUCCGAGAAGCGGAGUAGUAUACAAAAUAUUUAGGACAAAAGAAGCAGCUCCCAGUGAACGCCCUUAUUCUGUUAAACUCACAGCCCGUAGUCAAACCUCAUUGAAUAUAACCUGGACGGCUCCUCGUAAAAGUUCAUGGAAUGCUGGGAAGCUGACUGGAUUCAAAGUUUGCCGUUAUAUUCAUGAAAAUAAAAAUAGUCUGACAUGCAUUUCCGUCACGUCAUUCGCCACCACGGCAUGGUCGUAUAAAUAUACUAUAAAUGGACUUCAAUCUUCUACUAGGUAUUUCGUGACAGUCUCGGCUGCUACAGUUGGCGGUGUUGGCCCGAAAAGCACAGCAGUCAGUGGAAUAACAGAUGGAGGGCCUGUUAAACUUUUCGAAGAUACCUCCUCAACUCUAUAGGAUAAACAUUGAGAAACAAGCAGAUUAUAUCAAAAGUGUAAUCAUCAUUGUAAAAAUGGACUCAGGAGAAAGGACACCGGUUGAAAACAUCAAAACCAACUCCCUCAGAUCUUACUGGUCUAGAAGCUAUGACAAACCUUAUAUCACUGCCUAUUUGAAAGCUGAUGUUUUACCCAAGAUGUUUGUGAUCGGCGAUGGCAAAGAAUAUAAUUCUAAAACAGAAAAAUAUUUGAACCAACCGUUAAGAAACAACACAAGAUAUGUCGCGUUCCUAAGAUAUUUUGAAAGCGGGUACUAUGAUCAGUACUAUUCGACGGCUUGGAGCAAAAGUGUUAAGGCUUCUGCAAAACCUCCAGCUCCAUUUUACUUAAAUGCUAAAUCAAUCGACAAAGGCAAGUACAAGAUAUUCUGGUCAAUAUCACUGCGUACUGGCCAGACUGUCAAGAGGUACUAUGCACUGCUGGUAGCGGCAACAGUUGGAUCAAAAAAGGAGCCAGUGGAGAUAUCGACGAACGAAAAAUCAGUCACAGUUAAUGUUGAUUAUGAUACGAAGUACACGUUUGAAAUUGGCCUUGAAACUGAAACUGGAAAAAGUGGAUUGGGAAAAAUAACCUGGUUUUCUCAUUCGGAACCUAUGGCCCCUCAAAAGAAUAAUGAUAGUACUUACACAGUUAUACUGAAAAAGCCAAAAGUCGAAAACAUAAGAACUGUUUCAUUGGUAGUCCUUCGGCUUCCGCCAGCCUCAGCCCAAAGCCCUGCACCAGAAGAUGUGGAGCUAAAAGGUCACGACGAGGCUGCUGGUGAAAAUGGCGCAUUCGUUGCGAAAGAAUAUAAUAUAAGUGACUUUAAAAGUUCAAAUCCGAUAGAAAUCCAGCUUCGAAAGUCGUCGGAGAAGAAAAAGUGUAGAGAAAGAGAUGCCGAUGAGGUUUAUGAACUUAAACCAGAUGCGACUUACAGAUUAGCCCAAAUGAAUGAAGACAAAUCUGGGAAACGAUUCUGGUCAUUUUGGAGUGCGCCAAUGACUUUCAACAAAGAUGAAGACGGCUUGAAGAGGAAAAAUUCUCAAAAAACCAACGAGGAUGACACACGUGUUGAACUUCUCAUACCGCUGGUUAUUUUGUCUUUAUGUUUUCUGGUCUCACUGGGUAUUAUUGUUUAUCAACGUCGUCUGAUCCAAAAUAACAAAAGAAAAGAUAACGAAGGCCAUGAAACGACCCAGAUGACGGAUUCCGGUCCGGAAACCCGCAAAGGGGCAAUUAAGUAUGAUCAAGAACCAGAUGCGCCCAUAAAUGAUGAGAGAGUAUACGAAACUACAGAUGAUGUUAUUGAAGAAAUUGAGCGAAACGAUGGUGUACGUGGGACAGACAAAGGACAAGAUUCAUCGGAUUACAUGUCGUUGAAAGAAAACAAAGAACCAGCAAACGUUUACCAGGCAUUGCAACCCUCUACCAGCGAUGAUGUUCGGUACCAUAUUAAGGAGGAUUUGCACCAGAAAAUUCCACCCCGACCAACUUUCGUUUCAUCAAGGAAGUUAAAUUCAAACUGUUAGUUAUACAAGUAAUAAACUUAUAGCCAAGGUCGAUAAUAUCAGUCAUACCUCGCUUCUACUCGAGCUCAAUGAGGGCAAAUUACAAAAUCGUAAUGUAUUGUAGCGACCAUACCUAGUUGGUU